CGGGACGGGGCGGGGCCAGGUUGGAGUUUUGGCGGGUGCCCGGGAGCGCGCGGCUGGCGAGAAUAUUGUUCUUGAGGGGCUCUUGAAGAAAUCCUGGUGAAAUCAUGGACGCUGAUGAUGACUUGGAUCUGUUGGCCUCUCUCCUGGAAGAAAACGAAGCAACUGAGGAGGGGAAUUCUCCUGAGGAGGAAGAUGCCCCAGAGGAUGAGGGGGGAGAACCAGAUGAAUAUGAUGAGCUCUUUGAUGCAGAAGAUGAUGCAUCCUACACUGAGGAGGUUGAUGCUGAGGACAACAUGAUUGAUGAACAGAAGGAGAACCUGGCUAUGCUGUUUGGAGAUGUGGAUGACCUGCUGGAAGAGGAGGAGGCAGAAGAAUCUGUCCCCACUUCAGCUCCCAGUCAGGCAAAAGAGAAGACCAACCAAGAACUGCAAGCUGAGCUGAAAAAAUUGCAAGAACAGAUGAAGACGUUGCAGGAGCAGUUGCAGAAGACUGCUAUUGGGCAGCAAUCCAGUUCAGGCCUUGAGAAGAAAACUCCUGGUAAAUCUCCCUGUCCACCCUUAAAGGAAAGGAAAGUUCAGAAGCUGCAAGAGUCGCCAUGUUUCUCGGCCCAACUGGGCAAUCCUUUACCGCCAACCAAACGAGGAAUCCAGAAAUCAAAAGCAUCCUCAGCAGAGAACAAGACUCCCCCUCCACGCCAAGUCCUCAGUCUGGCGUUCCAGCCUCUCACGUCUGCUGCAGGGAACGCACCCAGUAAGGGGACCAGAGACAAGACUCCUCACGUGACCACAUGCUCCGGUGCAACAACUCAGCCAGUGUCUGUGGAAACCUUCUCGGGACUGAGAUUAAGAAAACCCCGGGUUUCAUCAGCUGAAAUGGACAGGAAAAUGGCUAACCGGAAGCUCCUCCGACUGUCCCAGCUGAAGAGCAAACUUGCUACAGAAAAUCUGGAGGAAAUAGACUGGGUAACAUUUGGAGUCAUAGUGAAGAAGGUCACUCCUCAGAGCGCAAAUAAUGGCAGAACCUUCAGUAUUUGGCGGCUGAACGACCUACGGGAUCUCAACCAAUAUGUCUCACUCUUCUUGUUUGGUGAUGUCCACAAAGAGCACUGGAAGACAGACCAAGGCACAGUCAUCGGGCUGCUCAAUGCUAACCCUAUGAAACCUAAAGAAGGCUCAGAUGAGGUGUGUUUGUCUGUUGAUCAUCCCCAGAAGAUCCUUCUCAUGGGUGAAGCUCUGGACCUGGGCACUUGCAAAGCCAGGAAGAAGAACGGUGAUCCUUGUGCACAGAUUGUGAACCUGAACGACUGUGAAUAUUGUCAGUAUCACAUACAAUCCCAGUACAAGAAGCUGAGCUCGAAGCGGGCAGAUCUGCAGUCUACCUUCUCUGGGGGUCGCAUUCCUAAAAAAGUUGGUCGGAAAAACCCUACUUUGAAGGAGAGGCUGUGUCAGGAUGGGUUUUACUAUGGAGGCGUCUCUUCAGCAGCAUACGCAGCCUCGGUUGCAGCGGCUGCAGCGCCGAAAAGAAAGAUUCAAACCACUCUCUCCAAUCUGGUCGUGAGAGGAGCUGACGCAAUUGUCCAGGAAACCAGGCAGAAAAUUGGUGCAGCAAAGAGACCCAUGCAAUGUUCUGAGGAAUUCAAGGAACUGCUGGCACAACCGACCUUUGGAGCAAGAAACCUCUGCAAACACUGGACCAAAGCAGAUGCUGAAAAGAAGCAAGGGGCCAAUUUCCAGUCUAUCUCUGCUUCAGCGCUGCUCAAGCAACAGAAACAGAAAUUGCUGGAGGCCAGAAAAAAGCGAUCUGAAGAGAUUCAGAGGCGGUUUCUCCAGAACACGAGUAAAGCCGGCAGCCCUGCUAUCCCGUCCUCCUCCAGACAGUCCUCGCUCCCUUCCCCAGUGCCUGGGGCAGAGUUUCCCAAAGCUGCAAAAAUGUCAACUCCUCAAAGGCCCAGGCUGGGCACAGGCUUCUCAGAAGGAGAAGAUAUCCUCUUCUUUGAUGGGUCUCCACCCCCGAUGCCAAAGCUAGGCAGCUUGGCAGAAGCCAAAAAGCUGGCUGCAAUACGCCGACUACGAGCAAAAGGCCAGAUUCUUGCUAAAACCGAUCCAAACAGCGUCAAGAGGAAAAGAGCUGAUGUUGAUGAUGUCCUAGAAAUUGUUGAAAGAGUUGAGAAAAAUGUUGCUCAAUCACAAGGCACAGAAGCAGAGAAUGAUAUGGACAAACUGGAGCCUGCCCAAAAGAAACAACGUGAGCAGCUGGCCUAUCUGCAGUCAGAAGAGUUCCAGAAAAUUCUGAAUGCCAGGUCCAAGCACACAGAUGUCCUGAAAGAGGCUGAGGCUGAGCUGCAGGAGCAAUACUUCCAGCCGCUGGUGAAAAAGGAAGAACUGGAAGAGAAGAUGAGGAGCAUCAAAGAAGUGAAAUGUCGAGUUGUGACGUGUAAAACGUGUAAUUACACCUAUUUCAAGCCUCUGGAGACGUGUGUGCAGGAGAACCACGACUACCACUGGCACGACGCCAUCAAGAGAUUUUUCAAAUGUCCUUGUGGAAACCGAGCUAUUUCCCUCGACAGGCUCCCGAAAAAGCCCUGCAGCACCUGUGGCCUCUUCAAGUGGGAGCGAGACGGGAUGCUGAAGGAGAAAAAAGGUCCGAAGAUUGGUGGAGAAACACUUUUACCAAGAGGGGAGGAACAGCCAAAAUUUCUCAAUAGUCUUAACUGACCCGACGUUGAUAUUAUUUUUUUUUUCACAACGUAAAGAUGGAUUUCUGUGUUUAAACCACACAUUUCUGUACUGGAACGCUGAGAGGAGUCUGGUUUUAGGGAUGAAUGAGCAGAAGAGUCAAUUCCUCAUGAGCAGGACAUCCCCAAAGUCUCUACCAGGCCACUGCAUGGAUAUUUGGCUUUGAUCUUUUUAAACUUGACUGAAUAAGGCUGCAUGUGAAACACACAUUCACGCCUGUUCUUUCUUACUAACAACUUGUUUACAAGAUUUAACCUAGAAAAGAGACAGCUAGAGGGGAGCUCACCAAGGAAUCCCCAGGGAUCCCAGAGUUUAUGUUGAAUGGCUGGUGUAGAGUGACCUCACCAGAAUUUUAAGUGACAAAUCAUUAUGAACCAGGAGGACUGUGAACUCCCAAAGCACUUGUGAAGUCAAUACCGUGGUGGGCAAAUGCCAGCCUGUCAAGGUUUUUCAGCUGUUGGCCAAAAAGGGCUGUAAGAGGGUCGUAACCACAGCACAGUCUUGGCUCCAAAAUUACUCACUUUGAACCCUUAAGAACAGAUAUCAGGCAGUUCCUGAGCUGUCACCUUGGCUUAUGUGUUAAAAAGGACCUUCAGUGGCUUUGGCAGUGCAAGCCAGUGGCGUUUGCCCUGCAGACCAGCAGGUCCCUGUCACACAGCCCGUAUGGUGUUCCCAGCACCAUCCACUCUACGGCACCUUCGUGGCUGCAAACCUGCAGCUCCCCCUCUGAAAAGCAUUUUAAUGAAUCUGGCACCGUUUUGCAAGUGGUUUUAACGAGCUGAGUGAUUACAUUUAAUAGCUUUUACCCCCUUUUUUUUUUUUUUUGGCAUUUUUAAAUUUUCCUGAAGUCUUUCCCAGUCAUCACCAUGUCAGCCCGGGCUGCUGGCAUGGCUGCAUGGGGACAGUAGCUCUCAGACCAAGCAGGACCAGGUCUCCGAGGGCUGUCUUCACACAGGUGUUUUUCUGAAAGCACGUCUCUGGGUGGCAUUUGGCCAACUUUUCCUGGACCUGAUCCUUCUGCUGCCCAUACCUCAUGCCCCCUAGGAUCACAGGGUAUUUUUAAAUGCCUGAAGCCACCAGCACCUCAGUGAUUUGAUGAAACUGCCACCAGCAGUCUCACGUGUCCCAGAGGCCUUGUUGAUACCUCUUUUUGCUUGCACAAGGGCUGGAAGAGAAAGGUACUUGAUGUGAAGCAACUGGCCAGGUGCGCCUCGGUAUUUUGCAGCCCUCAUCUACUGGUGCUUCUUCUGGGCAGCUCUGCUCGGCACGUUACCUACACUUCAGUCUCGGGUCCAUACCAGUUGAUGGGUGGGGUGUCACUGGUAGGUGACCAUGAAUAUGUAACUGGGACGUUGCUUGGCGAUGUCUCCCGUUGACUCCUUAUUCAGAAUAAAUAGUGCACAAUAAAACGC